AUGGUGCACGUGGUCUCGCCGCCGUCGCCGGCCGCGUCGUCGUCCUCCAUCAAUGGCAGCCAAGGCUCCAAGUCGCACUCGAGCUCCGAGGAGAGCCUCGUGGACGUGGCGCCCGUGAUCGACGAGGUGCGCGACGACAUCAUCUGCGCGAUCUUCAACCUGCCCGCGUCCACCAUCUUCUACCCUGACUACUCGUGCGCUCUUGUCGCGACGCUCGCCUUCCAAGGCCGCAUGUACCCGGCGAGCGACAGCGUGUGCUUCUACUCGAACUUUCUUGGCAAAGAGACCAAGCUUGUGAUCCCCUACGAGACGAUCACGGAGCUCGCCAAGACGACCACGAUGUUUUCAAACGCGUUUUGCCUCAAGACAGCAGCGAAAGAGUUUACGUUCACGUCUUUCUGGGGAACCAACCGGGACCAAUGCUAUGACCUACUGACGUCGCUACGCAACAAGGCGCUGGGUAUCACGACGACGACGAUUACUACGACGCCGUCUGUGGCGAGCCCUACGAGCGACCUGGCGCCGGUAGCGACACCGCCAUCGCCAGCAGCGCCAGCCCCCGCCGAGCUCGUGCCAGCACUCGACGCGCCGAUCCCAACCAUGUCGAGCGAUCCGGCGCCCAUGAACGACAUCAUGAAGUACACAUUUCCGAUUCCCGUCGAGACGUUUGUCGACAACUUUUUACUGACGAACCCAUCUUUGGCCUCGUCGAGUUCAACCGGUGCACGCAAGGGCGCGACAGAGCUCAAGUGCGAUCUAUGGACCGAGCACCCGGACGACGCCAGCUUGGGGCUCACCCGCACGGCCAGCUUUGUCUUGCCGGUCGAUGCGCCGAUUGGCCCGAAAAGCACACGUGUCCACGUCACCCAAGUCCGUCGACCGCUCGAGCACGGCGGCUACCUCUUUGACACAUCCACCAAGCUCGCGGACAUUCCAUACAGCGACUGCUUCCUCGUCGAAGACCGGUGGAUUCUGCGCAAGAUCUCGGAGACAUCGUGCGAGCUCUGCGUGCAGCUGCGGGUGGUGUUUCUCAAGAGCACCAUGUGGCGCGGCAUCAUCGAGUCCCGCGCCAAGUCCGAGUGCAAAAUCAAGCUGCUCGAGUGGAUCGAGAUGGCCAACCAAGCCAUGUCGAGCGACGGGCUCCCGCCAUACCCGCCAGGAUCUCGCCUCCCGUCGCCGCGCAAGCUGCCGUCGCCCAAACGCGCGUUGUCGCCGCGGAGAAAGGCGACCAAUAAGCCCAAGCCGGCCCCGAUCGACGUCAAGCCGGCGACCAGCACAGCGACAGCCAUCGCCGCCGACGUCCGCCGCAGCGUCGCCCUCAAGCGCAACAACAUAAUGCCCAUCUUGUUUCCGUGGCUCGUCGUCAUCUUCCUCGCCGUGUACGUCUACCGUGUCCACAGCACGCUCUCGACGAUGGAAGCAACGAUGGAGAGCCAACAGCGCGUCCUUGAGCAGCUCGUCAAGACACUCGGUCAGGAUACGCACGACCUUCUACCGGCAUUGUUAGUACCCCAAAUGGCGAUCUACCGGUAG